AGAAGAACUCGCGAGCCAGAGACGCUAAACCUCUUAAGUCAGUGCCGAACAUGCUGCCGCGCGUCGCGCUCUUCCUGGCCGCCGUGGCCGCGGCCGCCCAACACGCCCAACCCCACGUUCACCGGCAACCGAUCGACGACGACGAAUUGAUUGAUGAUGAGUUUGCAGUUGGCGGGCCGCAAUGUCCACCGUCUGUGCGGCCAGUGUCCAAAGGGUUGUGCCACGUUCAAAAAUGUUACACACACGCUGAAUGCCACGGGGCCACUGACGGUGGCCGCCUGUGCUGUUACAACGGUUGCGUCUACUCGUGCAUGCUGAAAAUGCCGCCUCCAUUAGUAUUUGAUUGGAUCGAUGACGAAUCCAGGGAAAUGCUCAUAGGAAGCAACGAGACUUUCAACGAAGAACCAUGGAGUGCGUCGCACCAACAAAGUUCUUCAGAGGAGGAGGAGGACAGGGAGGACGAGGAGAACAGAGCAGAGGCCAACGCUGCGGGUCACGUGAUCGCCCUUCCCGAGGGCUGCAUUUUGACCAAGAAGGAUUUUGAGCAGCUGCUCGCUUUCCAGCAAAAGGAUCACGUGGACAAAUGUUACUGCAAGGACGGCGAAGUUUUUUGCAAAGUACACGGCACUCGCAAGACGUGACACAUCUGGCUCUUGAACACGCAACCGAGCCCAAGAGAGACUGAAGAGAAAACGCCGACCGUUAAUGAAAAAUGGAGAAAAAAUUGUGGAGCAAGCAUUGAAUAAAAAUAAGCAAGAUAUUUUAAGAUAAAAAAAAAACAUGCGGCACGCGCAUCUGGUUUCAAUCAAUAUAACCGUCGGCGCGUGAUUGAUGUGGUUACUUAAUUUAAGUAGAAAUUGAGGUUUCUAAACAAAAUUUUCAGGCAAUUCAUCAACAAAAAAUAAUGC